CCUAACCGACGAGCAGUGGUGUGGUGUCGCAGUUGACAAAUCAGUGAAACGCACGGCCACGGAAGGCUUUUGAAACACGAGUGGGUCAAAUUUUCGGUUUCAAAACCUGCAAUAUAGACCUGGCACUAACAAACCAAGCGGAGUCUUAUUCAUCGUGGUGGUUUGUGAUGUAUGAAUGGAUAGUUGACGGAUUAUCGUCGCUCUUCGUGCCUUUUUCUGGUGAGAAAUUCGCAGCCUGGCCUAGUGAGCACUGUAACGGUGUAGCUCGAGCUGCGGGCACAGACACGCAGCGGCUGGAGAACAGCAGGCCCGCCAAACGCAACUAUCAAAGUGUGUACUCCGCUGAUUGUGUGACAGAAUAUCCAGAGGUCAAAAGAGCAAGACAUGAUGUGAUCAUUAGGGUUGUCAAGAAGACUUUUGCAGGGAUUGCAGGGCUGUUCCGAUCAAGACACCACAGAAAGGCAGAACAUGAAAAGCAGAAAACCUUUACGGAGGUUGGCUGGGUUGCUUUUAUGGGUAUUGAUGACAUACACAGCAACAGCCUGAGUUCAUGGAUUGAGAGUGACGGAAUGGAUAAACAGAUAGAACUGGGAGUUAAAAAUAAAGAAAGAACAGCAGCCAAUGUCCACCACAACCCCCAGGCUUUAUGGAAACCAGAUGGUGCAAUGCUGUACAAGGGAAGCCAGGACAAAGGCAGGGAGAUGCGCAGAUCACUGAAGCUAGUGCCGUCUUGCACCACCCACGGGCUAAGUGCAAGACCAGCUGAGAUGGAGCAUCCAAUACGCACACACAAACCUUGCCUGACCGUAGAGGAGGCACUGAGAGAGAGCGAUCGAGAGCAUUACAGGAAGCUAGUAGAGAUGGCAUCAGAGAAAUACUCAAAGAGCAAACCAUUGCCGUUUGGACGGAUGAAGCCUCCAAUCACAACUUUCUUGCUUGAUGGACACAAGGCAAAUGGGCACGCCUCCAUCAGUCGCACUACUGACAUAAGCAGACCUGCUCCAGUCAGAGCCAAUAUGUCUGUGUGGCGGGAUCCACUGACGCAGACUAAAGACAGAACUAUAGAUGUUAAUCGAAGCACACCAGCAAGUUAUGUCAAGGAAGGAGCCUUGGAUAAUCAAACUGUAAGAAAAAUCCCUUUAGAUGUGGAUCUGUCAGCUGAGGUUGAAGCAAGGUUGAAUCUUAAGGAGAAAGACACAGCUGCAGGAUGCUCGCUACCAUCCAGAUCUGAAUUGAUUACAGAUACAGUGAGGUGCAGUGAGGAAAAGUUUCCCAGACUGACCAAGGAGAUGCAGCAGGAAGUGAGUGCUGCUCUUGCUCAAACUGAUCCAAACCUGGUUCUGUGCAGUGCUUUCAAACUGCGUAUCACACAGAGGGAUCUGGCAACCCUGCAAGAGGGCAGCUGGCUCAACGAUGAGGUGAUCAACUUCUACAUGAAUCUAGUGAUGUCCCGCAGUGAGCAGGAAGUAGGGGGCAGGAAGGUCUACUGUUUCAGUACCUUCCUUUUUCCCAAGUUGCAUAUUGGUGGACAUGCUGCAGUACGGCGGUGGACUAAGGCUGUAGACCUCUUCCUGUAUGACAUCAUUCUGGUCCCCCUUCACCUGGGCGUUCACUGGUCCCUUGCUGUUGUUGACUUCAAAUCAAAGUCUGUACGGUCAUACGACUCUUUGGGUCAACGGCAUGAUGACAUCUGCAACAUGAUUUUGCUUUAUCUGAAAGAGGAGUUCAAGGUGAAGAAGGGCAAAGAUUUGGACAUGUCGAAGUGGACCUUGAGCAGUCUACGGCUUUCUGAGAUCCCUCAGCAGAAGAAUGGUAGUGAUUGUGGUGUGUUCGUAUGCAAAUAUGCUGAUUAUAUCUCCCGAGGACGCAACCUCACAUUCAGACAGAGUCAUAUGCCGUAUUUCAGGAAAGCUAUGAUCUGGGAGAUCCUCAACCAAAAGCUGCUGCAGUAGGACCAUUGGGAAUGUCGUACAGACUGAGUCAGAUUGACCAAAGCACAGGACCACCAUACGUCUGUCCCUUCUGCUCUUUUCUAGAGACAUUUGGCUUUAUAUUGGCCUGUUGCAAAAUUCCACCCAACAGACAGUGGAUUGCUGGUUCCAGGCUGGGUUUGUUUGCACAAAUAACCAAUCCUUACUCUAUGAAUCCAAACACUAAAAGCUCAAAUAUGAGCAGAACACUGGACUGGGGUGUGAAUAGAUUUGAGCAGGUGGAAGCCUCAUUAGCAUUUGUUGUGAGGCUGGAAUCGUUCUCAUUCCAAGAAUGUAGUCUUAUUGCCCCCUACUGGUUAUAAUGUGAGCCUUUCCCAACUCACAGAAGUAGCAGUUGAUGUUCCCAUGUUUAGUUACUAUGGGGGACUAAAGUUACAAAAUUGACCUUAUUUUCAGUAAGAGUGGGGGAUGUUUUGGCAGUUACGUAUCUCUUUUUACAUCAUAUUUGCAUUAAUAAGGAGUAAUAAACAUAUUUAUUUUGUUUGAAUGAGAUGCAGUGAUGUCGGCUUAGUAUGUCAAGACUUGUGUGUUUUAAAACCUACAAUGUUACCCAUUAGUCUCAGAGCAUCAAUAGCGAGGUUUGAUGUGCAUGGCAAUGAUGGUACUUGCACUGAAAUCAACAGUAUUCAGUGGAUCUCGUUUCUUCUGUGUCUCUAAACAGUCCUGGCCUCCAAGUGCCUUGUUCCGAGAGCAUCUCAUAUUUUAAAGCCAUUAAAAUAUGUUGAAUAUUAUGGCUUCACACCUGUUUCUGGAGCAUCUGACAUGCUGGUUUUAUAGUUGUCUGUGUGUAGGAAAGCAAAAGAGCUUAAAGUAAAACCAGAGUUGGGUGACGGGGAGGGGAAUGCAUUGGUCUUGUUUUUUUUUUUUUUAGGUUCUAAAUGCUAUAUUCAUAAUCCCAAUGGCUGUAUUAGACAUUCAUACUGAACUGGAGAUGUGGAACAGUGAAGUUGUGCCAAACGGACAUUUCAGUGGCUAAUUUCGGCAAUAUUCCUCUCUCAUCCAGAAAUGCAGGAUCAAGAAGUGCUUUAAUUCUGACUUGAAGUAAAAAAGAAGAAAAAAGGUCUAUAUUUAUUUGUUCCUAUGUGGCUCUUCUGAUUGAGUUCGAGCUUGAGUGCAUAUCCUGGAGUGGAUUUUGUUUGUGAGAAUGGAGUGUGUUGGGAUUGACAGUGGGUGAGUUCUGAUGCGAGCUUUAAUACAGAAAAUUAAAAGGCCCACUGCAUACGAGCCGUUUUUGUCAUUAAUGCAGAAUGUUGGUCAUUAUUUUUAUAAGUAAUAAAGAUGUGAAUAGAAUAAGAAACAUGUCUUCUGUCUUCCAGUGAGAAAAUCAGUCACCCACUAAUACAGUAACUAAGAUCAAAUUCUUGUGACAAGAAGUUGUGAAACAUCUUUUUA